AUGACAAUUUUCGACUCGUCGCUUUUAUUUUUUAUAUUGUAAGUUAUACUUUUUAUGGGUGGUUUAUUGUGAAAAAUUGGGGAAAAAAUUGGAAAUUUUUUAGUUAGGCUAUCUACGAAUUUUUCGUGUAGACAUUUCUAUUUUCUUCAGGCUUUAGGGAUAACAAUUUAGGCUUCUGGCUUCAGGCUUAGAUUUUGCUCUAUAGAGCUAGAGGUAUUCAAGUUAGGCUAUCUACGCGUUGAAGCAUUAAGCUUAAAUCUAAAGCUUUAUGUUUAGGCUUCAGACUUCAGACAAGGUUGAAUAUUUUUGAAUCAGAGAAAAAUUUUGUUUGGAUUUUUCUUCAACCUAGAUAAAACUGCUCAAAAAUACAGAUUAAUUGAAAAAUUUUGCUAUAUACGGCAAAACGAGGUGUUUUUGUUUUUUCCACAGCCGUUUUUUCAUAGGCAUUUAAUUGAAAAAGGAUAAGAUGAAAAUAAAUAUUAUUGGGAAAAAAAACUAUUUUUUUUUGGUUAAGCCUAAGCAAAUAAAAUAGAGACUGAAGAAAAGCCUGAGUCUAAGAUUGUAUAAUUAAUUUGUGAAAUUUUGUUUUCGAGCAGAUCUCUCAGCUUUUAUCCAAAAAAAAUUCCCCCCGCAAAAAAUGAACUUUGCUCUCUCCAGGGACACAUAUGUUUCUUGAUGUUCUUUUUUUCAACAACAACAAAUACAAAUUGAGAACUGAGAACUGAGCAAAGAGCUCUGGCUCGAGAAAAAAGAGCUGGGAGUGGAGGAGAUCUAAUCAACACGAAUUUCGUAUGCUUCGUUAAUUUUUCGAGAGACAAAAAGCCUUGCUCUUUUGUCGAAUAAUUAAACAGAUUCAGAUUUCGAGAAUUCUUUUUAUUUCAUUUUAUUUCUUAUGCUUGAAUUGAGUUUCGGGGAAAUCUGGGAGACUACAGAAAAACAACGAGACUCCGAUGUAGUUAGUCUUUGGCUGAACACAUUUCUUGGGGGCUCUAGAAUUACAAAGGAAUUUUGAAUGUAUUGAAGAAGGUUUAGGCUCUAGAUUUUAGCCUUAGCUUUCCAUAACCUCCAAUAAAAAGUCCAAAGGCUAAUUCAAUUCCAUAGUUGUUUGCCUAUUCAGAAUUCGAAUAUGUUGUUCAAUAAAAUCGCCCGAAGUCUUUGAACUGCUUCAAAAAAAGGCGAUGCCAAACAAUGAAAAACUCGAUGAGCCCCUUCAGGUGUACUUUGGAUUCUAUGUCGAAAGUUUGGGCAAUUUUCGAGCAACUGAAAUGGUGAGUGAGUGGGAGAAAGGAAAUUGACAAAUUAUUCGGCGAAUGACUUGUUGACACGCAGACACGCAGUUAUUUAUUUUUUGCUAACAAACUUCCGGGAUUGAAAGAAGAGUUUCUUUGAUUAAUUGGUUUUUUCAGACAUUUGAUAUGGAUAUGUAUUUAUAUAUGAGUUGGCAAGACGAUGCAAUGAAGCAUAAUGGAACCGAGCACAUCCUUAUAAAUGGUUAAUUUUUUUUUGAAAUUUAUCUUGAAGCAGAAGCUUCCACUCGCUUCAAUCGAAAAAUCCCAUAAUAAUUUCCCUGUUUCAGAUCGCGAUAUUUUGGACAAAAUCUGGCUGCCGGAUUUGUACUUUGCCAACGCGCGCACAGCCUAUUUCCACAAAGUCACCCUCUACAACUUCAACAUGUUUAUCUCGCCAGCUGGCACAAUUUCAUAUGGAACGAGAGUGACAUUGAAUUUGGCGUGUAAUUUGGAUCUCAAAGAUUAUCCGCUCGAUUCGCAGACAUGUUUUAUCAAGAUUAUAAGUUGUGAGUUCUGAGAAGAAGCUGAGAAGACGGGAAGGAAAAAAAGAAAGUACACAUUUUCAGACAAAUUCAAUUUUAGUCAUUUUUUCGAAUUGUGAGGGAAGAAAAUACGAGAAAAUAGAAAACACAAAGAAUUUUUAUGGUGAUAUAAAAAUAGAAGAAAAAUUCUGGUCUGUUUUUCUAAAUUUGGAAAAUAGGCCCAAAAAUUGUUCUAAACCACCUUUUCUCAUUCCAGAUGCUCACGUGAAAAAUGAAAUGAAUGUAACGUGGUUUCCCGAUGCUCCAAUCCGCUACAAUCCCGAAAUCGAUCUUCCCGAAUAUCACAUCAAAAAACUUGACAAAGGUUACUGUAAUGGUGUAUUCUUAUACACUCUAACUCAUAAUUCAUCGCGUGUUGGUGAAUUCAGUUGUCUUUUGGGAAUGUUGAAAUUGAAGCGAGCAAUUGGUUUUCAUUUGGUACAAAGUUAUAUUCCAACUGGUUUGAUUGUUGCAAUUUCUUGGGUUUCAUUUUGGAUUGAUAGAAGAGCUGUUCCAGCAAGAGUUAGCCUAAGUUUUACAACUUUGUUGACUUUGAGCACACAAGGAAAUGGUAUUCGAUAUGCACUUCCAGCUGUCAGUUAUGCUAAAGCUAUUGAUUUUUUCUAUGGAGGUAAGUAUCUAACAUUACUGUAGUUUCUUGGCGUCAAAUGUAAUUUCAAAUUUCCUCAAAAAAUUACGUUUCAAAUAUAUAUAAUUACAGAAAAUGUUUGAGAAAUAUUGCUCACAUUCAGUAAUCUGUAAUUGUCAAAAAGAAUUUUUGCGCCAAAAUCUACAGUAAUCUUGUACUAGAGUACUAUUGUAUUUGAGUGCGCAUUUAUUGUUUCAUUUGACAUCUGAAGUCACUCAAGUAAAAAAAAACACAACAAUUAUGUAUUCAUUCUUAUUUUUCUUUUCAUUUCCCACUUAUUUUCAGUAUGCAUGUUAUUCAUCUUUGGCGUUUUGCUUGAAUUUGCCCUUGUCAACAGUUAUAUGCGAAGAGCCAACAAAUACAAUCAUAUGGCCGAUAAAAUACAAAGUGCAUAUGGUGGAAAACCGAUAAUUGCGGCUGAUUAUGAUUCAGAUUAUGAAGAAGGUCCAACAAAUUAUUAUGGAAAUUUGAAUAAGAAUUCGGCACAUUUGAUGUAUAAAGCACUACAGUUUUCGAGAAAAGCGUUGGCUAUUGAUAAAGCAGCAAGGUUUAUCUUUCCAUGUGAGUUUUGUUGCGAGUGUAAAUCGCAAGCUUCAAUCUCGAGAGAAAAUCUCGAAAUUUUUCCAGGUAUUUUCCUGAUCUUCAAUCUUUGCUAUUGGUGGUAUUAUAUGAAACAACGACGCGAUGCAGAAGAUGAAUAA